CCCGCCCCUCCGUGCCUGUGUGGCGCGUCGCUUCCAUUCCGCGGCGGGCUGGCGCUGAGGCUGCGCUUACGGCGGGCGGCGGACGGCGAGGGAGGAUGUGGGAGCCCCGCAAGCAGGAGAUCGGCGCCAUCUUCAAGCGGCUCCGCGCCGUCCCCACCAACAAGGCCUGCUUUGACUGUGGAGCAAAAAACCCAAGCUGGGCAAGCAUAACAUAUGGUGUGUUCCUAUGCAUUGAUUGCUCGGGGACUCAUCGAUCCCUUGGGGUCCACCUGAGUUUUAUUCGAUCUACAGAACUGGAUUCUAACUGGUCGUGGUUUCAGUUGAGGUGUAUGCAAGUUGGCGGAAAUGCUAAUGCUUCUGCGUUUUUCCAUCAACAUGGUUGCGCAUCAAAUGACGCCAAUGCCAAAUACAGCAGUCGUGCCGCUCAGCUUUACAGAGAAAAGAUUAAAUCUCUUGCAACACAAGCAACACAGAAACAUGGUACCGAUUUGUGGCUAAACAGCUGUGGAGCCCCUCUGUCACCUCAAGAAAAAGAAGAGGACUUCUUUGCAUCACACGUUUCUCCUCAGGUUAUUAGUACCCAGUGGACAUCAUUCCAACCAGAGUCAGUUAAUCUAAAUCAGAGUUCUUCAGAAAUCAAAGGAGAAUCUGAACAUGGACCAAGUGUUGAUAGUCUUAGUGUGUCUCCACAAGCUUCAUUAGCCAACUUGGAGAACGUAAAUGCUUCAGGCACCGCACCUAGCAAAGAAAUUAGCUCCAUGAUAAAGAAGAAACCAAAUCAAAUAAAAAAGGGGUUUGGGGCCAAGAAAGGUGGUUUAAGGGCCCAGAAAAUGAGCAGCAGGAGUUUUAAUGAGAUUGAAAAGCAAGCACAAGCAGUGGAUAAAAUGAAAGAACGAGAAGAGGCAAAUACCAGCAGCAGAAGUGAAAGAGAGGAGUCGCUUGCGUCAUCUUUACGACUGGCCUACAAAGAUCUUGAAAUGCAGAUGAAAGAAGAAAAUGUAAAUAUGGAUGGUAAAAAGAAAACAGAAGCAGAAAGACUUGGCAUGGGAUUUAGUAGUAUUAGAAGUGGCAUAUCCCACUCAGUCAUCUCAGAUAUGCAAAUCAUAGAACAAGAAACACCUACAGUUGCAAAACCAAGGAAAAAAUAUGAGGAGGAGGACUCUUACUUUUCUUCUCCUGGCUCAAGAUAUUUUGAUUCAGCGGAAUGGAGAAGCAGCCCUUUUUCUAAAUGGGAUGACAACUCUGAUUCUUACUGGAAGAAAGAAGGCAGCAACAGAGACGUAGAUGCCACUCUGUCUUUAAAAACUGGAGGGUAUUCAGACAGGCCUGCCUCUCGACGUAAACCUGAGCAUGACCUCCCAGCAAGCACCAGCGAGGCUCAGAAGAAAUUUGGCAAUGUUAAAGCUAUUUCAUCGGAUAUGUAUUUCGGAAAGCAAGACCAUGCUGAAUAUGAAGCUAGAUCUCGGUUAGAGAUGCUCUCUGGAAGCUCAGCAAUAAGUUCAGCAGACUUGUUUGAAGAGCAGAAGAAACAGCCAUCAGGAAGUUACACCAUUUCAAAUGUCUUGCCGUCAGCUCCUGAUAUGUCUCAGUUUAAACAAGGAGUGAAAUCAGUUGCUGGAAAACUUUCUGUCCUGGCCAAUGGAGUUAUGACCUCUAUUCAGGAUCGGUAUGGAUCUUAACCAUUUAUGUUCCACAAAUCACACACACAGAAGAAGACUUUCUUACGGUUAAUAUAUGUCUGCUGGUGACCGUACUGCAGAUCUUAAAAUAAGGCUGUGGAAUAUUUUAUUCUGAUUGAUUUGGCUCUACCAUGUGAUCUUCUAGCUCCUAGAAUGCUUUCCUUUAAUGCAGUAACUUCUUGUUUCUCUAACUUUAAUUUUAUUUCCACUGCCAAUUUGCUUAUUGUGCUGUGAAUUGUGCCUUUGUCUCUUCUCUGCACCUUGUGGAUGUGAGGCUGGACAAGGAAAGGCAAGGAGAUGAGGUAUACUGUUAGAUCUUUCACAAAGUAGGCAUAAACGCUGGCAAAAAAAUCCUGUUAAUAAGCUUUAGUUUCCUUAUAGAAAAAAGGGCCUGGCAAUAAGUCCUCAUAGUCAAAAUCUCAAGCUGGUGGUAUUGCCUGGUGUGAUUGGGAGCAUCCCUUGGGCUUGUGCCCUUCCAACAUACCUUGUGUGGAAGGUUGGGUUUAGAGGGAGAGACCCUGCAGAUAAUGUACGCAGAGUCCUCCCUCACCUAGAAGUGGAACUUGCUAGAGAACACGGGCUCAGGAGCCAAAGAAAGGAGAAAUCCUGCAGGAACAGCUCGGCUAUGGAAGCUCCCCAGUUUGGACACUGUUUUCUAGGGGCAGCAAAGGGGUAGAGAUGUGCCAUCCCAAGGGAUUAAGCAGAGGAAGGAUAUUCAGGCAGGCCCAGAGAGCAGCCACAGUCUCGCUCAGGAUUUCUUAUUCCUUAAUUUCAAAGGCAGUUUCAGUCGCACUUAAGUCUGUAGCUCAGGUGUGUUGACAGUUUUAAAGAGGGAUACUGGUGGGACAAUCCUUGACCAAAAAAUUAAACUUUUUAUUUGCUGUAGUGUUUAGUAUGAAAAUGAUAAGGAAGUAAUAUUUACAGCAUUGUCAUCUGAAUACAUUUUUUCAAGAGGCACUUACAGAAAUAAGUACUCCCUAUUUUAAGCAAAAGAGUUCAUUUUUGUGUUUCAAAACAAGUUUAUUCAUAAUGUUUCUUUUAAAUUGCAUUUUGGAUUGAAGCAGUUAAAAAUCCAAUAAGAUAAAUAUAAUGAAGAAUAACAUAUAUAUGUUCAUAUAAACAUUUCAUAGCCAAACAUACUAGUGUAAUAGAAAAUUAAAAUUUCAUAAGCAUUUAGCACAGUCCUAAGGAUUUAAAAACAAUAGCAGAAAAACAUAAAAGAUGGCUUUGGAUUGCCUAAACCAUACCAAUUCCAAGCAACCAUGACUGGAAAUAUGGUCUGAAAGAUUACGAAAGAUGACUCGGAUGUCAGUUCUGUAUCUAACUGCUGCCAAACAUUUCAACUUGUAAUAUUUUUGAAAUAAAUUGUAAUAUUAAAUGUAAAAGUUUGCAUUGUC